AUGAACGGUGACAGAAAAUCUUAUGCCCUACUGGAUGGCGGACGCCCGUCUCCAAUCAAUGAAUCAAUUUGGUCUUUGUUCUCCAACGUGGCCAAAGAGAAGCCUGACCAACUCGCCGUCAUUGCACGUACCCAACCUGCCGAUCUUCUAGCAUCAGUUGUUGGCCCCUCCUCAUCGAGAUCAGGGGUGGAAUGGACAUUCUCGCAAAUGAUCCAAGGCGGUAAAAACAUCGCUUCUAUCUUCAGAAGCCAUGAUGUUAAGCCAAACUCUGUGCUUCUCGCUUUCCUCCCUUCAAUAUGUGCGGAAUGGUCCUUGCUCUGGAUGGCGGCAAACUGUUUUGGAAUCACCCUAGUCACUAUCGACAAGCGAGCUCUUGAGCCAGCAAGGGUGGAUGAGUUGACUUUCUACAUUCGCUCCCUCCAGCCAGCAACUGUGGUCGUUCAUGGAUCCGAUGGUGCCGAGGCCGUGGAUAGAGUCUGUGCCGAGUUGCAACAUUCGGUAGACUGCAAGAUGACUCUUGAUGCCGGCGAAGGAGCGGACGGAUGGGUUGGAUUAGCAGCCUUCGAUCCCUGUGUUCACGUACACAGUUGUGCUUUCAAUAAUCAAGACGCGAACUACGACCGCACAGCUGUUAUCCUAUACACCUCGGGAACUUCAACUGGCCAACCCAAAGGCUGUCCUUUGACGGAGAAGAAUCUUAUUUACGGCUGGUCCGCCCAGAAUCCUGUUCCUGCUGGUGAUGGGAAGAGCACGAUGAUGUUCGCAAACUCGCGAGCCAUAAACCUGCACUUGAGUAGCGAGACUUGGCUGGUCGGUGGCACGGUAGUAUAUCUCUCAACAGGCUUCACACCUGAAGGAUUGCUAUCGACCAUCGAACAAGACAAAAUCACCUGUGUCACACUCAUCCCACCAAUGUUGAAGACAGUGGUGAAGCACCCAUCUUUCUCAAAAGAAAAGGUCCAGAGCGUGUCGAAAAUACUCCUCGGUGGAGAUAUCGCAGCAGUAGACUAUCAAGACUUGGCCGUCGAAAACUUCCCAAACGCACAACUCGUUUCUGGCUGGGCAAUGACGGAAGGUCUUUGGAUCACCGGAUGGCCUUCGUCUCAAGCUCCAGCACGUAGCCAGAUUCCUGCAUCGACGGGCUUGUUGGCACAGGGAACAGUUCUCUCUGGAAGCGUUCUCAAAAUCGUCAACGACGAAGGUGGCAUUGCAAAGAGGGGAGAGACUGGAGACAUGCAUAUCCAGAGUCCAGUCGUGAUCAAUGCAUAUCGCGACAAUGCGGCCGCUGAUACUUUCUAUGAGGACGAAGAAGGAAGAUGGUUCAAGACUGGCGACAUCGGGUUCAUUGAUGAAGAUGGCCUCGUCUACGUAUUGGGAAGAAAGAAGGAUGUCAUCAAGCGACUUGGUAUCCCGGUUCCGCCAAUCUUGUUGGAAAACGUGCUUGCUCAAUUCGGAGGGGUUCAGGCAUCAAUCUUUGGCCUUCCCAAUUCAAAAUUGGGUGAAGAGGCAGUGGCAGUCGCAUCUGACAUGACAGGAACGACCUCGAAAAGAUUGCAAGAUCUGGUUAUCGAGCACUUGGGUCCAGACUACCCGAUUAGCAAAGUAUUUACUCUGCAAGAGUUGGGCAUGCAGAAGUUCCCGGUCAACGUGACUGGAAAGGUGAUGAAGAUCGAAUUGCGCAAGGCCGUGGAGGAUAUAUUGUCGAACGAGUCG